AAUCGUAGCCCCAGUGGUGACAGUAUGUGUCUGUCUGUGCCGCUAUGGGUGAAAACACAAUGACGUACUCCACUGCUGGGACUUGUGAAUGUGUGUGUAUUUUGUUUGUUCACAAAGAUAGUUUUUGUUGUUAAAACAAAAGCCAUUAUGACUGUCACAAGUGCUUCUUUUUCUGACCACAAAACCUCAAACACAUGUGAAAACGCACGCACACAACCAAAGUCUCACCCUGACACCAGGCUACUCAGGAGAGAGGGAGCGUGAGGGAGAGAAAGAAGCAAGGGCGGGAGAGAAGCAGCUUAAGCAAUGCGUUUUUUUCUUCCUUGAGGUGGACAGUGGAGUGUAUUUGAAGAAAAAAAGAGAAAUUACCUUCCUCAAUUUAGACAUCACAGCAACAGAAGACAGAAAUCUCUCUGGAGUGAGUGGGCAAGCAUCUGCACGGUUCUCUCCUGGUGUGGGUUCGACUCGGCAGUGUCGAUGUUUCCAGUGAAACAGCCGUGGUUGUGUAAAGCGCUAGGUUGCUAUGACUGCUGCAUCCGCUGCCUGGGCGCCGUGCCCUACACCAGCCUGCUGGCCACCCUGCUCUGCUACACUGGCGUGGCGCUCUUCUGUGGAGGAGGGCAUGAGGCGCUCACUCACACACGCACAUUCGUAGAGCUCUACUUUGCAAGGGAAGUCCAGGAUUUCACUGUACUGGCAGACUUUAUAAAAUAUUUCCAGUAUGUGAUCUACGGUCUGGCCUCCUUCUUUUUCCUCUAUGGAUUGUUGCUCUUGGCUGAAGGUUUUUACACCACCAGUGCAGUAAAGCAGACUUUUGGAGAAUUCAGGAGCACAAAGUUUGGGCGUUGCUUCAGCCUGACUUUUAUAAUCUUGACGUACAUGCUCGCUGUGAUCUGGCUAGUUGUCUUUGGCUUCACGGCCAUUCCUGUGCUCUUCUUCAUUAAUAUGGAAAGCUCCUGUCACAAAGUCAACAUUCUGUCGGAAACCACCUUGUUCAACCAGCAAUCAAGAGUCUGUAUGGAUGCACGGAUGUAUGGGUUUCUUCCCUGGAAUGCUGUGCCAGGGAUUGUUUGUGGAAACACACUGGCAAACAUCUGCAAAACACCAGAGUUCUACGUGACCUAUGACCUUUAUAUCUGUGCAUUUGCUGGAGCAGGAAUCACCCUUCUUGCCCUGUUCAUUUAUGUGGUUGCCACCACCUACAACUACGCCGUUCUAAGGUUUCUUGGAAGAAAGGGAAUCCGUUGCUAGGUUCGGUGCUAGGCCCACAUCCCUGUUGCCUGUGG